AUGCCCCGAUUCCUCCAGCCUAAACGGUCGACACAACACCGCGUAGCAGCAAUCGCUCUCUAUCGAGCCUUGCUGUCGCGAUGUUCCUCCGCUCCGCUCCCAGAUGACGACCGAGUCUCGUUGUUCAACGCCAUUCGCAACAAAUUCCGGCGGAACAGGAAGAUACAGAGCCCUUAUCAAUUAGGUCUGAGCUUCAAAGCUGGUUAUGAGACACUCGACCAUCUCGAUGCCUCCGCUAUUGGCAAUACAGCCAGCGCAAGCACUCUGACGCAACUGAUAUCCCAAUUGCCCCGCGGUCUAACACGCGCGCCUCCGAUAAGACGGUACGAAAAGACGACGCCACCAGAUCCUCCCAAAGAACGGCUUGCGUGCCUUCCACCCGAGAGAGCCGUCCUCAACGUGCGACCCUACGCAAAGACCUCUGGACCCCGCCGCGUCCCUAUUCUCGCCUCCGCAAACGGCGUACCCUUCCUGCGCCUCACGAAGCCGCAACCUCCAGCACUAAGUCGCGUCAUCCAACAGCGACUACGGCGCAAGAACGAGCUCUUCGACACGAGGGUCCUCCUGGAAAACUGGUGGCUGCCCAUAUGUCAGCAGGAGGACGUGUGGGACGUACUCAUAACCGCGCAAUCGAGGGAGCGCGAAGAUACUGUGAAAUGGCAAACUGCAGUUCGUGAUUCAUUGAGGGCGAACCAGGAAGCACACCAGGCGGACAUUAGGAAUGAUAUAGUGAUGACGAAGAAGAUGCAGAGGAUCGUGGAUAUGGAGACUGAGCUUGCUCUCAAGGAGGGCCAGACGAUUGUGAGGGGAAGGAAGAGGCAUCCUCUACGAGUUAUCAAGCCGGUAUCAUGA